AUGUCUGGCGAAAGUGUAGCCCUUUUAUUAAUAUUCAUUAGCACCCUUCCUACACCGCUUUAUGCCCAGUUCUGUCCUGACGGAAGUGUAAUUGGAACUCGUAAGCGAAAGGAUGUGUAGACUACUUCAUUUCAGCGUGCCCGACCGGUUCAUGCUUUCUAUCCACUAACCCCGAGUGUGUUAAGAUCGGUGGCUUGCCUUUUUGCUGUAAGAUCUAGUAAGACAAGCAAGGCGUAAAUUUAGGUCCAAGUUCCACAGCCCUCACAACAUCGACCACACCAACUACUCCCACUACACCCACGACGCCAACGACACCAACAACACCAACUACUCCUACAACACCGACAACUCCCACGACUCCUACGACUCCCACAACGCCAACAACACCGACAACUCCAACUACACCUACGACGCCAACUACACCCUCAACACCAACCACACCUACCACACAAACAACUCCCACGACACCUACGACCCCAACAACACCAACCACACCGAGCACCCCAACUACUCCCACCACACCGACAACUCCAACUACCCCGACUACACCAACGACUCCUACGACUCCCACAAUGCCCACAACACCUACCACACCAACUACUCCGACAACGCCAACUACCCCGACUACUCCCACAACACCGACCACCCCAACUACCCCUACAACACCUACAACUCCCACAACGCCUAGCACACCAACUACUCCCACAACACCGACAACCCCAAGUACCCCGACUACUCCAACGACUCCCACCACUCCAACAACCCCAAGUACUCCUACAACUCCCACAACGCCCACGACACCUACCACACCAACCACUCCCACGACUACCACAAUACCAACAACACCGACCACCCCAACUACCCCAACUACCCCUACAACGCCUAGCACACCAACCACCCCAUCUACUCCUACAACUCCCACAUCACCGACAACUCCAACUACUCCGACAACACCAACUACCCCGACUACACCAACUACCCCUACGACUCCUACAACACCAACAACCCCAACUACCCCAACAACGCCUACGACACCAACAACCCCAAGUACUCCAACCACCCCAACUACUCCUACAACCCCCACAACGCCCACGACACCUUCCACACCAACUACCCCUACAACACCGACAACUCCGACUACUCCGACAACCCCAAGUACCCCCACUACUCCAACUACUCCGACAACUCCUACAACUCCCACAACGCCCACAACACCAACUACCCCUACAACUCCUACAACCCCAACUACUCCAACAACUCCUACGACACCAACUAGUGGCGAUUGCGCUGAUCAAGUCGCCGAAUGCCCACAAAAGAGUCAACUCUGUGGUCAACCGGCAUACCUUCGGUUAAUGGCAAAACUUUGUGCGAAGACAUGCGGAUGCCCAACAACGCCGCAGCCUACUCAGCCUCAACAACAAACAACUCCAGCGUGCGGUACUGGAGUUGAUAAGGCGCCGGACUGUAAGCAGAAAAGCCAAUUGUGCUCAAUUCCAGUAAGAGGCCUGAACUUUCCGCUUCCACUUUAACAGCUGCUUUAACCUAUUACAAUUCUUUAGGCGUAUGUUAAACUGAUGAAUUCUCUAUGUCCACAAACUUGUGGAUGUGUUUCGACGACAGCAGCGCAACAAACCACCACACCGGCAGCAACCGGGUGCUCCGACCGUUUAACGGAAUGUUCUGCAAAGAAAGCUCAGUGCUCGGUGGAAGUAUGUUGAUUUGGAAUAUCGUUAAUUACAAUGUAUUUUAGUCCUAUUUCAAGCUGAUGAAGAAGGAUUGUGAGAAAACUUGUGAAUUCUGCGGUGUUAACAGUUUCCCCGGAGCAAAGCAACAAAAACAGUAAACAUGUUGUUGUAUGAAUAAGCAAGUAUACGAGAUUUGUGCGCUUUCAAAUAAAUUGCGAGGAUACUUGUUUCCGACCAACUCUCACUUGGUCUUUGGUUGAAAAGUGAAAUAUUUCAUGUUAUCCAAGCGACAACUAAUGUUAGUUACAGAUGUAGAACAACUUACUGUAGUCUUCGAAAGGUUUGUCGGCUACGAAACCAGAUUUGUUUGUGUCGUUUGUAAUCAAAAAACGACUGCGUCAACAGUCAGACAGGGAUACCAGACGUGAACAAAAAUCCAGGACGAAUUUUCGAGCAUCUGUAUUGACAAGGGAAGUACUCCAAGUGCGACGCUCAGAUUUUCUUUAAAUUUUACACACCCGUCGGAUAUGGACUAAAUAUCAAUUCCUGAUAGUUUUAGCUCGCGCUUUGCGGGCGCCGCCGAGAUAUCGAACGAUUUUUGCCGCCGAGAGAGCACGCUAAACAUGGAGAGCGGUCAGAGAGAAAAACGCUUUUUGGCCAUAACUUUGGAAGUUUCGUGCGGAAAAAUUUGAUUUUUUAUAGAAACAUUAUUCUUUACGGUAGAAAUGGGCAUGAAAUUUUCGUGCUGAAAUUCGGCAAAAGGUCCUAAAUUUUGGCCGACUUUCGAUCUAAAAAUCUCAGUUGUUUCUGCAAAGCGCGAGCUAGGAUUCUCGCAUAUAUCUUAGAAAAAAUUAUUCUAAACUUGUGCCAAGUUUCAUCCAAAUCUGAGCGUCGCACUUGGAGUACUUCCCCUGUGAAACGAAAAUGACAUUUGAUUAAACUCUUGCUCUCAAUUUUCAUAUUUGGUUUGGGUUUCGCAAUGUUGACAUAAAAUCCGAUGAUUAAAGCCUCACUUGUUUUUCAACGCCGCCUUCUUGGCGCAGUAUCAACAAAAAUAUUGUGGCCUUAUGAAGACUGUGCGUCUAAAAAUCAUUCAUGCAGAAGAGGGAGGCCCGGGGGUGUUGAUAAGAGCCAAGGCGGAAGCUCUCCGUCCUCCUCGAGGACGGUUCGAAGAGUCGCAAGAAAAAAAAAGAAACACCCAAAAACAUCCACACACACAUAAACACCGCUCCGGCCUUCGUUGUUUUUCAUGUUUCUUCGUGUUUUUCAGCCGGCAUUCAAAACAUUCGCAGAGUGAAAAACAACAUCCAAAACUGGGCGAAUUCCCCUCUCUUUCCUCUUCUUCAGAUUAUCCGACCUGUUCUCUAAACGUGUUUUCGAUUACUUUCCCACGCAAUAAGUCAGUUGGCCGGCCUCGGUCAUACUGUCAACACAUCUGGUGUUCAUGAAUAACGUUUGAUUCUAAUCAAUAGAGCAAGUCACGUCAAACUGAGACAGGCUAAGACGGUCCGGUGAAUAGGUUGGCAACUCGCCAAAAAAACUCGAGAAAACUUUUAGUCGGGGAAGAAAUGGGGAUUUUUUGGGGCGAGAGAGUACGUUUUUGUGCGUCUUUUUCUCUGACUUCUCUGUGAAAUCAAGACAAAGUGUAAAAAAACGAUAGCGAAGUGUCUAUUCCGGUCAUCGGACUCCCCAGUUUGGCGUGCAAGUGUUAUCAGAGCAGACGACUCCUUUUCGGCUUUUUUUGUUUACCUGAGACCUUUCCCAGACUGCAACACACUUUUUGUCCGGUGUCUUCAAAAUUCUUCGCAUAAAUUUUGUUUCGUAUAAUUUAAAACAGGCGCGUGGGAAAUGGGCAGGGCGCAGCUCGCGUAAUUUUAAUUUUUGUUUUUUUGCAAAAUUUAUUUUUCUUCUUGUCCGAAAAGUGGAAGAUGUGGUAUUGUACAUUGUUUUUGUUUAUCACAAGUCUUAAAUUCUUGUUAUUAUGUCCUUCUCCAUAUUAUCCAUGAGUUUUUAUUGGAUUUCCAGCGUUCUCUCUCCGUUCUCACGGUUCUCCCGUGCUUUUCCGUUUUUCGGGUUCGAAAAAACAAAUUUGACGUGGUCUUAUAAACAGUAUCCUCUAAUUGUCCAUUAAUCUUUUGUUUUUCAGGGUUUCUCGGGUUGAUGUUGGAGUAGGCAUGGACAAUGCGCAGCUUCUCGACGAAAUUCGGUACAAGUUGGCGGUGGAGCCGGAGGACUCGGUGGCAAUCUCAAUUUUAGGACCGUUGUCAAAGUGAGUGCGGGGGCUUUUGUUAUUUUUGCUGGAUUUGGGAUCUUUGACCUCGGACAGUAUGGAUCUUCGAUUUUUUCGAAAAGAAUAAUGCUGUUUAUCUGGAGUUUUUUUGUUUUUUACGUGAUUAAUGACGCAUAAAAAGUCUGUCUGUGCUGUAAUUUGUUUGUCUGAAAACGAAAAUUAUGUAGUUUGUGCAAUUUUUGAUAUUAUUCAUGGCCAUAGUUUAGUCGUCAAAAACCCGGCGGUCUCCCCAGUCGAAUCCAUCCAAAAUCCGUCCGCAACUCGCGUUAUGGCACCGAGAAUGAUUCCCGACAACGAGGAGAGAACAUGACCGUUGCUUUUCCGGUUGAAGGCAAAUUGCCGCGAAGGGAGAGGGAUAUGCGCUCGCGAUCCGCCGAAGUCCCCAGCCAGAGUGAGGAUCAGAAUGCGGAGAAGUUGAAACGCGACAAAAGCGACAGUCGAUUGUCCGAUGAAGAGGUUGAUGAGAGCUUCCAUGAAGGGGGAUAUCAGAAUAAGGGAGGGGAACAAGAGAAAUGGGUGAAAGUUGAAUAUGAACCUGAUGAAAUCGAUGCGUUGGAGUUCGACGAGAACCGGGAUGUGUUUGAAGGUUGGUCGUCUUUGAUUUUGAGGGGGUUUGCAAUGUGAUUUUGGGUAUUUUGUUUAUCAAGAGAGGCUUUAUUUUUUCACAUUGGUAUGGUAGAUGUCCUUGAUUUUGAUGGUCUAUAUCUAAUUGGGUUUUGCAAAUUUAGGCCUAAGAUUUUGAAGGUCAGAUAAGAAUGGCUUGAACUUUUUCUAUUUCAAAUUUCAGAAAAAUUGAAAAGCUUUGAAUAUGUUUUUUAAUAAGCCAAACAUUUACACCUUCUGCCUAGUACAAUAUACCCAAUUUUUUGGAAAAUUUAAUCAAAAUAACCUCCCAUUCUUUUCAGGAACCCGUGAAUACGCCAAGCAGAUGGUCUGCAAACGAAUAAAACGCACCAACGACCUCAGACAAGUCGUCAAACCUCACCUGGACCAGGAACAAGUCGACAAACUUUUCAGUCGCAAAGAAACAAACCUCGACGAAAUCCACACCCACAAUACGAGCUUAUUGUCGAAACUAAUGUCCGAAGAGCCCCCAAAGGAGAUUGAGUCAAGUCCAUUCGACGAAUUCAGUCAGUUCGAAGCCUCAAACUCAUCGGAUUCAAAAAAGAUCAAGGUCAUCUACACUUUUGGCGAGAAACAACAUGGAAUCCCCACUUAUUUGGAUAUCAAAGCCAAAUCGGAUGCGAAAAUUAAAGACUUUGUGGGCCUGUCGCUCUAUAAAUACCAGCAGAAUGGAUUUAAACCGGAAGCGUGAGCUUUUAUAAUACAUUUUAUAGAGAUUAGUUGAGGAGUCAAGUGCAAUAUAUUUUUUUGAAGGAUUGGUUUAUAAUUUGCGAUUUUUUAGGAAGCCGUCGGUGAAAUUAUACAAGCUCUACCUUGCCGAUGAUAUUUACUCAUACGACACCGAUCUACCUCCGUUGGAUGGCAACAGAUACCUCAAAGACAUUGACUUCCCAUUCCUGGCAUUGGUCGAAGAAGACGAGGAUAAACUGCAAAACGAGCCCAAUUCCUAUAGCGUUCAAGUCUAUUUUGUGGAUGGGACGUGUAUCGAUUAUGAUCUGGAUGACACUGACAUUACACUGGGAUGGCUCAAGACUGAUGCGUUGAUGAAAAGAGAGGAGAAAAGGAAGGAAGAUGGGGACAAAAGGCAUCAAGCCUUCGAUUAUAAAUGUAAGUUGGGCUUUCUGCAGACGAGACUUUACUUCCAAAUGGAAAAAUUUAUCAUCAAAGUUGGCCAAUCUGCCCAGUAUUAG